GCUUCCACAUUUUAUUAUCAGUGUGGCUGUUAUUAAUCUGACAUGUGCACUUCUUUAUUAUCCUUUUAUCUGUGGGAUAACCGAGCGAAGAACAGUCCUUCCGUCUGCUGAAGCUGCCAGUGUAAUUUAUACGUGCUGUGUGGAAGAACUGUUCUUCGCUUCUUUGGUAUUUCCCUGCAGAAUGAUAACUAUGUUCCUCCUCCAGCCGAAUCAGUUUGGUCUGUAGCAGAUCAUGAGGCGCUUUGCUGGGCCCUGACCUGGGAAUGUCACGUGAUCAGGAGCAGAGGAGGAAGGUGUUGUUUAUACAGCAGAUUUACUGUCACUGCUGCUUGUGUCAUCCCUCAACUGUCAUCCCUCAACUGUCAUCCCUCUACAGCAAAAGGGCAGUGAGGAGACAUAAACAUAAAUAAAGGAGACAGGCAAAAUACUAAAAGCUGGGAUGCUUGAGAAAAGGGCAAGGGUUGAUAGAGAAGCAGAGGGACAAGAGGAUAAAGGGUUAAUCAACUAGGGUAAAUGGGGGAGGGGCAAGAGAUCAGAGGGAAACUAAGGACAUAGAAUUAGUUCAGUUAUUCUGGGGCACAACAGGAAUCUAAGUACAGGGAGAGAAGGAGAGCACAAUAGUGACAUGGAAUUUGUUUGAUGAUAUUUCAUCUAUGAUUAUGUCAUUAUUCAAUUAGAGAGUUCAAAAGAAAUAGACUUUCUUCCCAUGGAACAAUGCCUGAUAAAGCUUCUGUUUUAAGAUUGGAGAGAUCAUUUAACCCUUCUCACAGUGGAGACAUGUGACUGACAGAAAUGAAACUAACAAUCCAUCGUGUUUAGUAUAAUAACGGGAACACGGCCUGUAUCCCCCCUCUGGUGUUUCUGAUCUUCAGCCUGGGAACUUCUGCUGUGUAUUCUGGGAGUCACACACUACAUUAUCACACCACAAAGUUAACAGCUUCAAGCCCUGGUCUCCCAGAUCUAAUGCACCCUGCUUAUGUAGAUGGUUUCCGAUAUGCCCGCUAUAAAAUGGACAUACAUCGAUGUAAGGAUGCCGCUCAUGUUUACCAGACGAAAUCUGCCUGUGAGGUGCAUGAAGAUGGCACCAUUAAUGUAUAUCAAGAGGUGGCAUUUGAUGGGAAGGAGCUGAUGGCCUAUGAUAAACAGACAGGAACUUUUAUCCCUACAACACCAGAGGCUUAUUUUAGUUUCUCCACAUGCCUCAUACUUUGGUUAUCCUACCACAUAUUGGGCAUCAAACAAUUCAGAAGACCCCUGGCAUUCAUGUUUACAAUGUUUUAUCUCACUAGUUUGCCCCAACAUUAAGAUUUCAAGCUCAGGAUCAAACAAUGUCACAGCACUUUACUGCUGGGUGUAUGGGUUCUACCCCCGAGAUGUGGAAGUGAAGUGGAUAAAGAAUGAGACAGAUGAGAUUUAUUUAGAGGAAUCAGCAGAGAUCCUGCCAAACCCUGAUGGCACCUAUCAGAUCAGAGUCAGUGUGGAGGUAACACCAGAGGAGGGCGCCACUUACUCCUGCCAUGUGGAUCACAGCAGUUUGGAGAAUCCCCUGGUUGUUCCCUUUGAUAGUCACACUCUACAGUACCAUGUAUCUCUGGUAUCAACUCCGACCCCUAAGGUUCCUCAGUAUUCUAUUAUUGUGUAUGUGGAUGGUGUACAGUAUGGAAGGUACAACAGUGACAUACAUUGCGCCCAAGCUUUGACUCCAUCACUUCAGGCACUUCAUGACCACUUGGACACGCAGACCAACUUUGCUAAGGCAUAUGAGUUGUGGCAAAAACACAAGCUGAACUUUCUAAUUGGAUAUUUCAAUACAACAAAGGGUGAUGGACAUAUCCAUGUCUACCAGAGGAAGGUUGCCUGUGAGCUGCAUGAUGACGGCACUAUUGAUGGAUAUCAGGAGAUUGCCUUUGAUGGGAAGGAGUUUUUAGUUUUCGAUAAGGAGAGAGUGGUGUAUGUGCCUGCAACACACGAGGAUGUGAUGGUGUCUCAGCUGUGGAAUAAGCGUUAUGAUUCAACCAAUAAUAAGGUGUUCGUGGAAAUUGACUGCAUUGAACAUCUGAAGCUGUAUCUUCCUUAUAUAUCUGUUGAAUUGAUGAAGAAAGUUACCCCAAAGGUGAAGGUUUCCAGCUCAGAGUCAGAGAGUGGUACCAAACUGCACUGCUGGGUGUAUGGGUUCUACCCCCGAGAUGUGGAAGUGAAGUGGAUAAAGAAUGGGAGAGAUGAGAUUUACUCAGAGGAAUCAGCAGAGAUCCUGCCAAACCCUGAUGGCACCUAUCAGAUCAGAGUCAGUGUGGAGGUAACACCAGAGGAGGGCGCCACUUACUCCUGCCAUGUGGAUCACAGCAGUUUGGAGAAGGCAAAGGUUGUUCCCUUUGAAUCCAACAAGAGAAACCCUUUGGAUAUCAUCAUCCCUGUUGGUGUGGCACUGCUCCUUCUUCUUAUUGCUCUGGCAGUAUAUAUAGAAUACAGAAAAAGAAGGACUAAAGACCCUAAUGGCAGCCAUAAACAUGUAGUGAGCACAGACACAGCCGCACUCUGGAAGGGGCACGACAAGCAGAUGAAAAGAGGGUUUUUUCUUUUGAAAUUAGAAAGUGUAACGGAGAUCUAAACCCUCUAUAAAAGGGACCCACUCAUUGCAGAUGCAAAUUAAUUCACCAAGAAGAAUUCUGCUGACCAUAUGCAUAUGCAAGAGAAUUCACCACUGCUAUAACGAUACUGCUUAUAAACACUAUGGGGAAGAUUUACUCGUGGGCGAAGUGGCUAACGAAAGCAUCACCGCCCACAGGGACAUCUACAAUUUACGGGCGCAGGUGUCACUUGGCUAGCGAAAGAGACGGAUGCUUGCGAUCAUUCCCAGGCUGGCGAAUGGACGUUACUCCGUCAAUUCAAUUAAAUGCGGAUUCUACUGAACGUUACCUCUUUCGCCAAACUAAGUCCAAAAAGCGCUGGCGUCUCUUCCUUUUUUCAGAGAUAUCCUGCAAAAGUCCUUAAAAAUAUUUUUUGGGUAACUGGGUUCCCCCAUACAUUUUCUAACAUAUGGAACAUAAACUAUACCAGUGAUCCCCAACCAGUAGCUCGUGAGCAACAUGUUACUCUCCAACCCAUU